CUCGACCCAUACAUCAUCCAAGGAGGAGGAAAACCUGCAAGUACUCCAUUUUCAUCAGCUAUUCACGCACAAAGCAAGGGGAAGAAGAGGGGAGGAAAAAGAGGAGAGAAAAGAGGAGUUUAGGUGCGAAACCUUGUGGUUAAUAAGGUAUUUCAAGAACUUUCACAGAGUUGAAAGGGUUGCCGGAGUUGUCGCCGGAGUUCGUUGAAGUUCACCGGAGUUUCACCGGAGCUCGAUAAGAAAGGCUAGAACUUUAUAAGCUUCUUUUAAGGUUAAGGCUAGAGUCCUGCUACCUGCACCUUUGCCUAGGGUGAACUCAAUAAGGAAGACGUGAAAUGGAGGGUAGAGGCAUGGCUACGAGGAACAACCCGAGAGGGCAAACUCCGGUGACGUCCGAAGGGGCUAGCCAGGUUGCAUCUCGGGACGCGAGAGGCGGUAGGAGAGGCCGUGGAGGCCGUGGAGGCCGGGGAGGCCGUCGGGCUCAAACCGUGAGCGAUGGCCAUGUUAGCUCGGUGCAUGGAACUCACACCGAGGAUUAUGACUCUACCUAUGUUCCCGAGACGGAACAUGAGGAGACCCCAUAUGAUGGGGGUGAUACGUAUACUGAUGAUGACAACGAUGAGAGUGAUGCCAAAUUCGCCCAGAUGGGUGAACUGUUUGAGUGGUAUCAAAAGGAGAAGUUGAGGAGAGAUCUUAGGCGCCAAGCUAGGCGUGCCUCUCAGGGGGCUUCAGGUCACGGAUGUGACACCGCGCCCGUAUGUACUUGAAAUUGGAAGACGAUAUGUAUUUGAUUUUCCUAGCGAAUAAAAUUCGUGUAAUUGAUUGGUGUAUUUAAUUAAUGCAUGAUUAAUUAAAUUAUAUAUCGGGUCCAU